AUGGAUGAGAACAUGGAAACCUUGUCAUCCAGGAAAGACCACGUCGAUCACCGAUGUGAUUCCUGCUCUUCCAAUCCUCAUGAUCAAGCCAGGAGAUUUGUUGACCAACGAUUGCGUUACCUGGAGAAUCGAGCUUCUCUGUUGCGCCCUGGAAAUUAUGGCGGUGAUAAGCCUUUCAAACAUCCCAAUCCUAAAUCUGAAGAAUAUCUUGUCCGGGGCUGGGACCUGCCAGAAGUCGACUUCGAUAUAGGCGAAAGCUAUGCCGGCACCCUUCCAAAGAGUGCCUCUGGAAACUCCUCUCCUCGGUCUUGGUUUUUCCCGUCUGAAAAUCCAGCAGCAUCUGAGGAAAUCACAGUCUUCCUCAAUAUUGGUCUGGGAUGCUUGUCAAUGCUGGGGCAUCUUCAAGAGAAUGGCCCCUUUCUGUGGCAGCCAGGGACUUAUAAGCCUUCUGCUGCAAUGUUGCCAAUCAAUUCAAUGAUUUUUGAAAGAGUCUUUCUCAUAGGGAUCUGGAUAAUGAACCCAUUAAUCAAUGAAGACGAUACGAUGGUAACAGACGGUAUGAGUCUUGCAGGCUACUCCAAAUUCAUGAAUGUGGCAUUGCAAUUCCCACCAACGGGUAAAUUACCCUCAGCGCCAAAAAGUAAUGGUGACAAAUCGCCUCCUAGCGGUUUGGGUCCCUUGCCAAAUGUUAUCGAGAAAACCAAUAACACCAGAAUCUCGCAUGGAGCCCUCGACUUUCUUCUCUUUCUAAUCGGGACCUUAAUCACCAUCCAGAACAUGACCUGGAAUGGAGCACAAGGGUUCCAGGAAGCACCGUCUGAGAAAUUAUAUGUGCCUUACCACCCCGGACUUGGUGAGAUUGCGUCCCGCAAUGUUACUGGUCCUUUCACCCAAGUUGCUGGGGCGGGACAGCUCGGAACCGUUCACACAGAGAGAGGACUUACUUGGGCCACUGUCGAUUUGUCAGGGCACAGUUCGGAUAUAGAACCAUGGAGCUCCUGCUUGGAAGGAUAG